UAGUCCAUGGCUAAAGACAAUAAUUCAGAAGUGACUGAAUUCAUCCUCUUGGGACUCACGGACAAUCCAGAGCUGCAAGCCUUACUCUUUGGGAUCUUUCUAGUGAUUUACUUUAUCAGUGUCAUGGGGAACCUUGGGCUAGUUAUACUAAUUCAUAUUAGUCCCCAGCUUCAAACACCUAUGUAUUUUUUCCUCAGUCACCUCGCUUUUGUUGAUUUUUGCUAUACUUCCUCUGUCACCCCUAAUACCAUGGUGAACUUCCUCCAAGAAAUUAAAAGAAUAUCCUUACCUGGUUGUGCCACUCAGUUGUGUAGCUUUGUCACGUUUGUGGUUUGUGAAGUAUAUAUACUCUCUACCAUGGCAUAUGAUCGGUAUGUGGCCAUCUGCAACCCUUUACUCUAUACCAGUGUCAUGAACAGGAGGGUCUGUGUUCAGAUGGUGGUUAGUACAUAUUUGUACGGCUUCUCUGUGGGACUCCUUCAGACAAUUCUUACAUUCCACUUGUCUUUCUGUGAUUCGAAUAUAAUAAAUCAUUUCUAUUGUGACGAUGUUCCUUUGGUGGGCCUGGCCUGUCAUAAAACCCAUUACAAAGAUAUAAAAGUACUGAUGUUGUUCACAUUUGCUGGUUUUAAUACUUUUUUCUCUCUCCUUAUUGUUCUCAUCUCCUACUUUUUAAUUCUGAUUGCCAUUCUGAGGAUUAAUUCAGUUGAAGGCAGACGGAAGUCUUUCUAUACUUGUGCAUCCCACCUGGUUUCUAUCACAAUAUUUUAUGGUACAAUUAUCUUCAUGUAUAUGCAGCCAAAAACAAAUGAUUCUCUGAAAAAGGGCAAAAUAGCUUCUGUUUUCUAUAUUGUAGUAAUUCCCAUGUUGAAUCCUUUAAUAUAUAGCCUGAGGAACCAAGAAGUCAAAAAUGCUUUGAAGAGAAUUAUGGACAAGGUUUGCUCUAAAAUAAAUAACCUGUGGUCUAAUUGA